AUGUCGACAAACGGAUGCAUCUAUACUGCCGCCAUCAUGUUAGAUAAAAAUUCUGAAGAUAGACAAAAAGAGCUCUGUGAAAUCAUGAAAGAGUUCAUACAACAAGUGAGAGAAGAGCUUCAUUUUGUAAAGGCCGAUGUGGCAGAGGCCCGUCAAGAAAUUGCUAAUAUUUCUGCGGCACUCCUCGAAGGCGAGGAAGAGGAAGCGGAAGGAGAAGGUCUAGGAGAGGUUUCCGAUCAAGUUGGUGCAGGGGUGGAAGUAAAUGGUGCAGCUGCGGCGAACCAGAUACCGACGCUGCCUGACGCUCCGAGUGGAAUGUCUUCUGAAUACCUUCAAUUCAAGAAACAAGCGGAAACACAACUUGCUGCCAUGGAGCCAAGCAUGAGAAUGCAAACUGAUCAGAAUUACUUGACGGCAGUUUCUCAGGCAACUGAUGAUGCAUCAAGACAAAAACUCGAGGAAGACUACAAGACCUACUUCAUGCAAGAAUAUAAUUACUACAAAGCCUACUAUGAUCAAGAGCUAGCGAAGCUAAGUGGUGCUCCAGUAGCGGCUGCACCACUGACGCAGGCGAUGAUGGGAGUUCCGCAGCAAAUAGCUGCUCCAGUUGCGCCUGUGACACAAGGUUCUCUGGCUACUGAAACUCAAGAAGUAACCCCAGUUACACCGAUCAAAGUUAAACCAGCUAAGGAUGAGACACAAGUAGAAGAAGAAAAUCCUGAAGAUGGCCAGGAAGAAAAUUCUCCAGAGGACGAGGAACCGUCCGCUGAGCCAACAGAAUAA